UAAAACAAAAACGAUUUGCUGUUGCAUCGCAGAGACGCCGGCAUCGUGGAGGCAUGGCAGAAGCGGAGUUACAAACCUUUACCUCUAUCAUGGACGCGUUGGUUCGCAUUAGUUCCAACAUGAAGAGUAUGGAGCAGGAGCUGCAUUGCCCGGUGUGCGAUGAGAUGGUGAAGCAGCCCAUCCUUCUGCCGUGCCAGCACAGUGUGUGUCUGCUGUGUGCAGCUGAGGUGUUGGUACAAAGAGGUUAUCCUCCUCCAGACCUCCCUCCGGAGCCCAACUCACCUGCCUCCACACCCAACACACGCUCCCCACGACAGGCACGAAGACCCACACCCAGGACCCCUGACCGCCUGGAGCGGGUCCUCAGAACAGUGUGUGGGACAUACCCAGGUCGGAGGCGGAAGGAUGUGGCCGCUCCCCCCAUGUUGUUCCCGUGUCCUUCCUGUCAGGAGGACGUGGAGCUCGGAGAGAAAGGCCUGACAGACUGCCUCCGCAACCUCACGCUGGAGCGGAUUGUGGAGAGGUACAGGCACACAGUAAGUCUGGGCAGUGUCGCCAUCAUGUGUGGUUUCUGUAAGCCUCCUCAGUCUCUGGAGGCCACUAAGGGCUGCGCUGACUGCAAGUCCAACUUCUGCAAUGAGUGUUUCAAACUCUAUCACCCCUGGGGGACCCCUCGAGCUCAGCACGAGCACAUCCUACCCACCAACAACUUCCGGCCAAAGGUCCUAACGUGUACAGAGCACGAGCAGGAGAGGCUGCAGUGGUACUGCCGUAACUGCCAGAGGUUACUGUGCCCACUCUGUAAGCUCCGCCGUGUCCACCAUGGACACAAAGUGUUGCCUAUAGCACAGGCCUACCAGGCCCUUAAGGACAAGGUUACCAAGGAAGUCAACUUUAUCCUGGCCAACCAGGAGACAAUACAGAGUCAGAUCACUCAACUGGAAGCGGCCAUCAAACAGAUGGAGGCCAACAGCUCAGUGGCUCUGCAUCAGCUGACCCACUGUAUCCGCGAGCUGGGAGCGGCUGUAGCGGAGCGUCAGGGGGCUUUGGCUCUGGCCCUGGAGGGGUCCCGCUGCAGGAAGGAGGAAGCCCUGUCCACCCAGGUCUCAGAGAGGCGAGGCCUGCUGGAGCAUGCGGGUCUGAUGGCCUACACACAGGAGCUGCUCAAAGAGACCGACCAACCCUGCUUCGUACAGGCCGCCAGAGUCACUCACAACAGGCUGGUGAAGGCGAUAGAAAACCUCCAGUGUUUCUCUCUCUCAGCUGAUCCCUCAUUCCGACACUUUCACCUAGACGCAUCCAAAGAGGUCAAACUCAUCAGCAGCUUGGAGUUCAUCCGAGCCCCACUGGCUCCAGUCAUUGACACUCAGAAGACACUUGCUUACGACGAGCUGUUUUUGUGCUGGCGCCUCCCUCAGGACUCGGCCCCAGCCUGGCACUUCUCUGUGGAAUACCAGCGGCGAGCAGGAGGGGCCGCCGCCACGUGGGGCGGCACCAGAUCCCCUAAUAAUGCAACAGCAUGGCUGCGUCUGGACGAAGUGAGAGGGACCAAUGCUGUGGUUGACCGGCUGCAGAUGGACAGCGUGUACGUGCUCAGGGUGAGAGGCUGUAACAAGGCCGGGUUUGGAGAGUACAGCGAAGAAGUUUACCUGCACACUCCACCAGCACCUGUGUUGAGUUUCUCCUUGGACUCACGCUGGGGGUUACACGCUGACAGGCUAGCGUUGGGAAGAGGCCAAACCUACGCCCGCAGCGUGCCAGGCCUCUCCCUCCUGCAGGCCGCCAACCGCGCACUCACUUCGUGCCACUUGACUUCUGACCUUCUGGUGGCGGACUUGUCUGUCACUCAAGGCAGACACUACUGGGCAUGCUCAGUGGAGCCUGGUUCCUACCUGGUAAAGGUAGGAGUAGGGCAGGAGGCUAAGCUGCAAGAGUGGUUCCAUCUCCCUCAGGACAUGGCCAGCCCUCGCUGCGACCCAGACAGCGGCCAUGACAGUGAGGCAGAGGACGGCCAGGACUCCCCUCCCUUCUGCUUCCUCACAAUGGGCAUGGGCAAGAUCCUGCUUCCUCAAGGACACGGUCACACUCAGAGUCAGGGGGACAGCCAGAGCCAGGGGGGCGUGCACUCCCACAGUAGCAGCCAUAGUAACAUGUCUCACGCUCACACUGCUCCUCUGCCACCUCGACUCGGAGUGUGUCUGGACUGUGACAAAGGACGCGUCACCUUCUAUGAUGCCCACUCGUUGCGGAUCCUUUGGGAGGGACACAUGGACUGUUCGGCUCCUGUGUGUCCGGCUUUCUGCUUCAUUGGCGGAGGCGCCCUGCAGCUGCAGGACCUCGUGGCCAACCGGAGCAUCGAGGAGGCGCCGCCACGGAGGGUAACUAUCCAAACACGUGCGACAAAUCUCAGCAAAUAAAUAGUGGUGACAUAGUUUAGUGGCACAGUUUAGUUUUUAAGUAACAUUUUACAGUAACCACUGUUAAUAAAUGGUAAAUUGAUAGUUAAUUAAACUUUUCUUAAUAUAGAUUGCCAAAAAGUUGGGAUCCUGGGAAAAAUGCAACAAUAUAAAAUGCAACAAUUUGCAAAUUCUUCAUUUAGUUAAUUAGACAAGAUGUUCAAACUGAUAAUAACCUGUUAGAUAACAUAAAUUAUAGCAUUACCUAUAAGUAGGAAAUGAUUAAUUACAAUUUAAUUGUUUGUUAACGGUAAAAUAACUAUUAACUCAAGUUUAAAUAACUAUCAAUUUACUAUUUGUUAAUAAUGUUUAAUAUAAAGUGUUACAUGUUUUUCACAUGUCAGUAAAGUAAAAAAAAAAAAGGUGGUUUAUAUUCACUGCUUAAUAAUGUGAGUUGAUCAUUAAUUGCCUUGAUCCUGGGAAACUUCAAUGCUUGAUUGAACUCUCACUGCUGUAUGGUUACAUUUUUCCUCUCAAUGUGAUUGUUGAGAUCUUAAUAUAGAAUCUGAUGUUCUUUUGCAUUUGCACUUGGCCUGAAUAUCGAAUCUCUGUUUUGGCUUUGCUUUCUUCCUUUUUUAAUUUUGCGAUGCUCCUAUGGACAUUGUGGCUGAAGUGAUUUUAUCUAUGCAGAAUUCUGUUGACAGGGUGAGUAAAUCACCGUUAUAACGAGUUAAAUCUGUUUGCAAAUGUAAGAAAAAAAUUCUCUGCCCUCCUUUUACACUUGUCUUAAUUCGUCACAGAAUGACUGGACAACUAAGGUUGCAUGCAAGUGUAACGAGGAUUCAUAACUUACAUAUAUGCAGAUAGCUGACCUUGUAAAAGCACCUCAGAUGUACUGUAUGUCUAAUUUUAUAUCUUCAUUUUUUAAAUGUAGCCUCAGCAAGUGUUAACAGUGUGUAUAUAUAGUUGAGAAUUACAGAAUGUGAAUAUUCUUUGGUUGUUGAAAUGUAAAGCUCUGCUGGCUCACGUCAGGACCACAUCUCAGUGUCUAAACAGUCCCAGCUGGUAUUUUAUAUAGUCGCUGUUUCACAUUUUAAAAAAGGACUUGUGUGGCAAAUUUGCUGGGUAAACACACUAACUGUUGCCUGAGUCAUUUUCAGAAGAAAUAUCAAGUAAAAAAGGUUCUAAGAGUAAAGUUCUCAUAAUGCUGUUUGACUCCAUAACGUGAAUGCAUUUCAGUGUUUGACAAAAAAUGCAGAUGGCCUACUUGUCCAGUAUUACACUGUGGUGUUUGAGUGAUUUGCACAUAUACAUAUUAAUGGUGAGAUAUGAAUGAAGUAGGCUAAUGAGAAGAGGUCUAUUUUAUGAGCUCUGGUUGAAAUUGGACUUUUUUUCUAUAGCUUUUUUAUUUUAUUUUUAUUUUUACUGCAGCUGACAAUAUAGCCCAUGAACUUAUUGACUGAGCUGACUAUGUUUGGAGAAUGUAAGAACCAGUUAUGUAUGAUUUCGGUGCAAGAGAUUGUCUAUAUUGUGAUAUUUUCAAAUCGACAGGAUCCGACUGUAUUUUGAUACAUGAUAUUAUUUUCUGGUGUGUGUGUGUGUGUGUGUGUGUGUGUGUGUGUGUGUGUGUGUGUGUGUCCUGUCCUGAAUGACGUGUCUAGACUUCUCUUCUUGUGUUAUAGCACAGCACUUGAAUGACUUUAGACUGUAGCAUCGCAGAAAUCAGAAUCUCCUUAUUUAGAUUUAGCCUUGGCUGGCAGAAUGUUUCUAUCAUGUCAUGAGAAAAACAAUAAAUGACUGAUAACUGUAA